AAUGCGUUAUUUCCGGUCUCUCUCAGCCUUCUCUCUAUAAAAAUUUUCGCAGUUUUUUUCUGUAUCCUGUUUCUUUGUUCAACUUAUCCAAACAAUGAUAUUCUCCAAGCUUGGGCGUUCGGUUUCGCGAUCUUCUCGUUACAGAAAUUUAUUGUGCAACAAUGGAGGUGGUCGGAGAUCGAUGGUUUUGCCCAGUGUGGAUGGGUACCUGGAGAGAAUCAAUGGAGAUUUGGGGUUGUUGAGAACUUAUUUAACUUCAAUAGGAGCUCCGAAGGAGUUCAAUUCCAAGGCCUAUUUAUCGGAUUUGAAUUAUGUUCUUGCUAACCCUAGAUAUCACCGGUUUUUCUCCAGUGAACCGCCAAAGAAGAAGAAUUAUGAGAACUUCUAUCCAAAGGAAAAGAAGGAAAUUCCAAAGCAGAAUGAGCAAAAAUCCGAGUCUAAACAGGAUUCAAACACAGAUGAUCAGGGGAAUUUUCAGGAAACGUUUGUCAAGUAUUUUGAAAGUUUACUCACUCCUCUCUUAGUGAUUGCACUAUUUCUUUAUUUCUCUCCUUUGGGAGCCAGUGAGCAGCAACAGAUUAGUUUCCAAGAGUUCAAAAACAAGCUUCUGGAACCAGGUUUAGUUGACCAUAUAGUUGUUGCUAACAAAUCAGUUGCAAAGGUGUAUGUGAGGAGCACACCUAAGAAUCAAAUAAGUGAUGAUGUUGUCCAAGGGCCUGUGGAUGGUACAUCUGCACAAGGACGUGGGGGUCACUAUAAAUACUACUUCAAUAUUGGAAGUGUUGAAUCUUUUGAGGAGAAGUUGGAGGAAGCCCAAGAAGCAUUAGGGAUUGACCCACAUGAUUAUGUUCCUGUGACAUAUGUCUCUGAAAUGGUCUGGUACCAAGAGUUAAUGAGAUUUGCUCCAACAUUAUUGCUUCUGGGAACCCUCAUGUAUAUGGGAAGAAGAAUGCAGGGUGGACUUGGUGUUGGUGGUGGUGGUGGGAAGGGUGCCCGUGGAAUUUUCAACAUUGGGAAAGCCCAUGUAACCAAAGUGGAUAAAAAUGCCAAAAAUAAGAUCUAUUUCAAAGAUGUUGCUGGCUGUGAUGAGGCAAAGCAAGAGAUUAUGGAGUUUGUGCACUUUCUCAAGAAUCCGAAGAAAUAUGAAGAGCUAGGAGCAAAGAUUCCAAAAGGUGCUCUUUUGGUUGGCCCUCCUGGCACAGGAAAGACCCUCCUAGCAAAAGCAACUGCUGGGGAGUCUGGUGUGCCUUUUCUAUCUAUAUCUGGUUCAGAGUUCAUGGAGAUGUUUGUAGGUGUUGGACCAUCCAGGGUUAGGAACUUGUUCCAAGAAGCAAGGCAGUGUUCUCCUAGUAUAAUAUUUAUUGAUGAAAUCGAUGCAAUUGGUCGAGCAAGGGGGCGUGGAGGCUUCUCAGGAGCUAAUGAUGAACGUGAAAGUACUCUAAAUCAAUUGCUAGUGGAAAUGGAUGGUUUUGGAACUACUUCUGGAGUAGUUGUCCUUGCUGGCACUAACAGGCCUGAUAUUUUAGACAAAGCUCUACUGAGACCUGGGCGAUUUGAUCGCCAGAUUACUAUAGAUAAGCCCGAUAUUAAGGGGCGUGAACAGAUAUUUCAGAUCUACCUGAAAAAGAUUAAACUCGAUCAGGAUCCUUCAUAUUACUCUCAGAGACUUGCAGCCCUGACCCCUGGGUUUGCUGGAGCUGACAUUGCAAAUGUUUGUAAUGAAGCUGCUCUAAUAGCUGCAAGGAAUGAAGGGACGCAGGUUACGAUGGAACAUUUUGAGGCAGCUAUAGAUAGGAUAAUUGGUGGUCUGGAGAAGAAGAACAAGGUAAUAAGCAAGCUUGAACGCAGGACUGUUGCUUACCAUGAAUCAGGUCAUGCUGUUGCUGGCUGGUUCUUGGAACAUGCAGAACCCCUCUUGAAGGUAACUAUUGUUCCCCGUGGAACAGCAGCACUUGGAUUUGCUCAGUACGUUCCAAAUGAGAACCUUCUCAUGACAAAGGAACAACUUUUUGAUAUGACAUGCAUGACCCUUGGUGGUCGAGCUGCUGAACAGGUUUUACUUGGAAAGAUAUCAACAGGAGCCCAAAACGACUUGGAAAAGGUAACAAAAAUGACAUAUGCCCAGGUGGCAGUAUAUGGUUUUAGUGAUAAGGUGGGUCUCCUUUCUUUCCCUCAAAGGGACGAAGGAUUUGAGUUGCUCAAGCCCUACAGCAAUAAGACCGGAGCAAUUAUAGACAAGGAAGUGCGCGAGUGGGUAGCAAAGGCAUACGAACGCACUGUCGAACUUAUAGAGGAACAUAAACAGCACGUAGCCCAGAUUGCUGAACUGUUGCUUGAGAAGGAAGUUCUUCACCAAGAUGACUUGGUUCGAGUUUUGGGUGAGCGACCAUUUAAACCAGCCGAGCUUACAAACUAUGACAGAUUUAAGCAAGGGUUCCAAGAAGAAGAUAACAAAAGUAAGCAGACCCCUGAAAGUGGAACUACGGACGAUGAUAGGUCAUCCCCUCUGGAACCUCAAGUUGUUCCCACAUAAUUACCAAGGAUAUUGUGAUAUGUACAUUGUUUGAUUACUUGUUUUUGUUUUCUUUCGAUGAACUGUUCUAUACAAUUUUCCCCAUUUUAAUGUCAAAUUUUCUCUAGAAAACGUGGAGGGGAAGCAUUCAAGUUCCAUCUCUUAACCACUUUAAUCAGUCUUUGUAUAUUGUUGAAUUUACUUUUUAUUUAUCAUAGAAACUAAUGUUUUCUUCUCCCGUUUCCUUUAGCGUU